AUGGAAUCAUCACCAAAUGUUUCUAAACUUGGGAAGGAUGUGGCUCUAUUGGAAAGCAAAAUUCCAGAAGAAGAGGGGCUUAAAGAUGUCCCCAGCAGCACAGGAGCCAAUGUCACCUGGGGGGCAGAGCCUAACUUCAACCUCAACCUCAAUCUGACCUCGCCAAGCAACCCCCGUCCAGCCACUGAGACCUUCAAGCUGCAAGGAGGGAAUAAAAAAAACAAUGGAAUUAAAGGAAGUGGGAAACCGGGAAUGAAAGGGGCAGCAAGUACAGAAACUGUCCAGUCAGUGAGUAUGCUAACAACUCCGGUGACUUCACCAGGGGAGAAAGAUGAUCCAUCACAUCAAAGGAGCAAAAUCCCAGCGUUGGCUCGCUCACCAAAAGUUGAAUCGGUGACCAGCAGAGUCGAUCAGCGGCUGAAAUCCCCAAAUCCAAAACGAACUCCUACGCUGAGCCCGAAGAUAAACACUCACAGCAACAUUGUGGCAAGUCCAAAACCGCAACGUGUUGAACAAACUGCCAACAGCCCAAGAAUGACUGAAAAAGUCGAGACUCAAGGACUGAAAACAGAAUCUGCAAGCCCAAACCUUAGGACUCAUAUGACUGAAGUACCAAAAACUACGAGCAAAAUUACUGUCAGCCUUAAAAUGCAAUCGAACAAGAAAGAGAACGGGGGAAAAGAAAUGUGUCUUGAGUCUCCAAAGACACUACAUCUUCCAGUAAGCCCCAAAGUCCACAAUCAGAAAGGAGAUUCACAUGCAGUGAGUCCAAAACUGGCCAAUCGAACCCUUACAACAACAAUCAAAACCCCCAAAACAGAUCCAGCAUGUGCAAAGUCCAAUGAGCAAACUAGACAUGAUGCAAAAACUCCAAGUUCUGAGAUGCCCCCUCUGGGACCAAAAUCCCCAAAUCAGAAGGUUGAAGGGGCACUGCUUGGUACUAAGACCCUGCAACUAAGUUCACUUAGUCCUAAACCAUCCACUCAGAGGAAAGCUGUAACUGCUGGGACCAGAAACACCAACACAUCAGGAUCACAGGAGAAUCUGGAUAGUAAAGACUCAAGUACUGCUUCUGGAUCCAAAUCCACUUCAAAAUCCAAGGACAGUCUUGAUCUUAAAGCUGGCUUGCAUUCAAAAGCAAGUCCAAAUGCUAGAAGAGCAAUGGGGUCCAAAGAUAGUCUGGAUUCAAAGAGUGGUUCUGCCUCCAAAACCAGUUUUGGAUCCAAGGACAGCUUAGACUCUAAAACUGGAACAAAUUCCAAAGCUAGUCCUGAUUCUAAAUCUGGGUUGGGGUCCAAAGACAGCCUUGAUUUUAAAGUCACGGACGAUAUCAAAACAGGGACAACCAGUCAAUUUUCAAAGACAAGUGUUGUUUCUAAAACAGGCAUGGGGACGACUGAUGACAAGGAUCUAAAAACUCAGACUGGUCUGAACUCUAAAGACGGUGUCAAUCUCAAAACAAGCCAAACAAGUUUGAAACCCAACUCUGAUUCUGAUGUCCUUUCCAGCCAAAAACCCAGUUCAAGCUCUAUACCUUCUCUUGUACCCCCGGUAUCUAAAAUGAACCUUGUUGGAUCUGUCUCUCCAUCGUCUUUAAGAACUGGUCAGUCAGGGUCCAAAGACCUGAAGUCUUCAAGCUCCACCAUUAAACCCAGUCACAACCCUAAAGAUGCCUCAGCUAUUUCCAAACCUGCACCAGUUCGGUCUACUUCAAACUCAGCUCUGGCAGAUAUGUCUUCCACCUUGGCACCCUCUCCACAACCAGAUUCAGCAUUAAGAAGUCCUGGAUCUGGUCCUGCUAGAAGGCUUGGUACAAGUCCAGCUCAACCACACAGGGAUGUUCAGAGGAGUCCAGGUUCUGCUCCAGCUUCAGGCCUCCUGAAUCCUCUUGCCACUUCCAGCCCCAAAACCAGAACCACAGUUUCCUUGACCAUGAGGGGUGGGCCCACACAAGAGCCUCCGACAGUCAAACUGGUUUCUGUGGAAAACCCCAACAGCACACCCCAAACUACCAGUCUAAGUCGUGGUCUCACUUUUGACACCAUCACCAAAACUCUGACCAAUGCAGCCACUCCUGAUGAGGAAAAAAAGCUGAAACUGCCAGAGACCAAAGUGGCAGCCAUGGGUGGACCAGCUGAAUACCAGAGUGCAGUGCCAGCUGUAAAUGUGUCUGCUAGUCCAGGGUGUUCGCCAGGUACCACACUGAACAAACCAAGCCACCUGGGAGUCUCAAAUACCAUCACCGCUGGCGGCAACAUCCAAGGGUCGAAGGCAACCGGUGUGGAGAGUAAGGUAGAAGAGAAGAAGAAGAAAGUCAAACAAAAAGAUGGGAAAGGGAGUAGCUCUUCUCUGUCUCCUUCAUCACCCCUACAUCCUCUUCCACAGAAUUCCACUCCAGCAAGAUCCAAGAAAGUUAAGGAGAUGGCAACUAUGACCGAUCCCAGUGAGAAGCUCAAUCUGCUAGCAGCUGAGCGUAAAGAGGUUGGCAUCCAAGUGGAAGUGGAUUUAGUUCCCAGCUACUCUCUGAUCGCCUCUCCAAGCUGCCAGUCAGGAAGUCUGACCUCGCCGACAGUCCCAUCACUGUGUUGCAUCCCUGCCGGCCAGCCACCUUUCCAGCAUGUCUGCCAGAUUGAUAUUGAAUUACGCAGCCAAACUGUGCUUCCUUCUAUUGUGACGGAGAAGGACAAGGCAAGUUCCCUCCCUGCAUGCCUGCGUACGUUCAGCUUCCAGCAGAACCCCACACUCAUGUCCCAGCUUAAACCGGGAGAAAGCCAGGACAGAGAUGUGAGCGCUGAGAGCAUCUGGGAGGACGAAGAGGAUGAGGCCACAAAUGGAGUCGACACAGCGUCAAGGGAGCAAAACCAGAAGACUCCUGAGGAAAAGGAAGACAUGGGUAAACCUCAGGAGGUGACGUGGGACAAAGAGGGGAUGACCUGGGAGGUGUAUGGUGCUUCAAUGGAUCUGGAAUCACUAGGCACGGCAAUCCAGUCCCACCUGGAGUCAAAGGUUCGGGAGCAGCAGAAACACAUCUCAACUUUAAGGAAAUCUAUCUGCUCCACCAAUAGCCUAAAAGGGUACAGGAUGAGGAAGAGGCAGAAGAAGAAGAAAAGAGGAGGGAUUCUAGGAUGCUGCAGGAAGACGCCUGCAGUGGCAGACUGA